UUAUUUGAUUGGGUGAUGCCCGCAUUCUAGCGUAAUGCUGUUAUAGGCCGCACGGACAAGUCUGUUGUGAUCUCUCCUUUUUCCCCAUUGUUUUUGUUUUUACAGUUUACAAUCAUGAAUCUGCCAACAGCCUGGAUAUUUCUGUUUUUGCCAUUAUUGUGGCUGAAUUUAGAGUCAUCUGGAGCCGAGAGGCAUUCCCUCACUUACAUCUACACAGCCCUGUCCAAACCUGUCAACUCCCCGGGCAUCCACCAGUUCACAGCCAUGGGUCUGCUGGAUGACAGGAUGAUUGACUACUUCGACAGUGACAACCCAAAGAAAGUUCCCAAACAGGAUUGGAUGAAAGAGAGGCUUCCUGAUGAUUACUGGGAAAAAGGCACACAGUCACGCCAGAGCAAGCAGCAGUGGUUCAAUGUCAACAUCAAUAUCCUGAAGGGGAGAAUGAGGCAGAACGACACGGACGUCCAUGUACUCCAGUGGCAACAUGGCUGUGAGGGCGACGGCGACAUGUCUAACGGAAAACUUGAGUUCCACCGUGGCACGGAUAUGUACAGCUACGACGGAAAGGACUUCCUGGCCUUUGAUGACGCCGAGGCCGUGUGGGUUGCCCUGACUAAUGAGGCAAUGCAGACCGUGAAUACGUGGAAUGGUGUUCAGGACCUGAAAGACAAGACCAAAGGAUACCUGGAGAACAAGUGCAUGAAAUGGUUGAACAAGUUCGUGAACUAUGGGGAAGAACAGCUAAGAGGGGCCUCUCCUCCAGAGGUGUACUUGUUUACAAAGUGUGCCAAGGUUGAGACAAACGUGAUUUUGACGUGCCUGGCCACAGGUUUCUACCCAAAAGACAUCAUCCUGCGCAUCAGGAGGAACGACCGUAUUCUGACUGAGGAGGAUGGACUGUUUUCAUCUGGCGUUCGACCAAAUGAAGAUGAGACCUUCCAGAGAAAAGACAGUGUGGAGAUUUUGAGGAGCGACAUAUCUACAUACUCCUGUGAAGUCAUUCAUAAGGCAACGAAUAUAAGUGUUAGGAAGGAAUGGGAUCACACACUUCCUAAAUGCUCUGAAUCCCCACUUGUCGUCCCUGUCAUUGCUGUGUUGGUCAUUGUGCUGGUUCUGGCUGCAGCAGUGGUGCCGUUUGUCUUGUAUAAAAAAGGCUUUCUUGGUAGGUGCAACAUUGCUAGUAUAUUAGGUACUCUGAGCCAACAUAAUGCAGUCUAGUAGGUUUUACAAUAUUUCUAAUCAGUUUUCAAUCCAGACAGAUAAAUGCGAGAGGUGUAUAUAAUGUUUUCUCCACCCCAUACAUAUUAGUUAUAAGGUUAAAUUGAGUUUAUAUUGACUUCUCAUAGUAGUCGUUAUCAAUUAAACCUGUUAGGAAUGACACUUUGAUACAGUGUCGUUCAUUAUAAUCACACUGAGAGAAGCACAUUGCACAUUGUGUGGUGUGAGCUCUCAGUUUCUUACAUAAAACUAAAUCACACGUUUGUGCUGGGGGCAGUUUCUGCCUCAAAUCAGCUGUAGUUUUUGUUGUUGUGUUUUUAACAUUUAACAGCUGUAACAUCUGUACACUGAGUUUCACAUAGAUCGUUGCAGAGGUAACUGAAUAGAUGUUUUUGCAAUGAAAUGAGUUUAUCUGUGUAUUAACUUCUAUAUUCACAGGUGCCCUACUUAAGGUUGUAGUUGUUCCUCUAGUUAAAUGCUUUAUGUCUCUGUUCAUUGACAGUUGUAAAGGUCCUGAGUCCAGAUUACAUUUAAAAAUAGAUUAUUUAAGGAACAUAUUUUUAAAAUACACAUUCUAAUCUUAAAUUCAUCCUCUGUUUGUAUAGCCCGUAGACCCCAA